GAACGUCCUGUGGCUCUGGGACUGCAGCUUCCACAGCGGGCUGGGUUUCCAACAGUCCCGUCUUUGUGUAUCUACCCACUGCGCCUGCCGCCACACUACAACUUCUCCAUUUUUGAGGUCUGACCUGAUGAUGCUGUUGAGGGUCUGUCUCCUUGCAGUUUUGCUUGUAUGCUAUGUCCUGUUAAGUUCUGCUUCAGAACAUAAAAAGACGAAGGGUGACGGAUUUAAAAGCCCUGACAAGAACGCUGACAGUAACAUCAAGGUGAAGAGAAAUUACACAACUGAAAAUGACAGGACACCCAAGGCUGUGGCUCCGAGGAAGAAGGUCAAGAAGACAGGAAGUAAGCGAGUUACCACGGGGCCGAGAAGUGACAUCGGCUGCACCAGACUGGGAGGCAUCUGCCAGCCUAACCGAUACAUCUGUGGAGGCCGGUACCUCGAAGACAAGUGCUCAGGGGCCAAGAUGCGGCAGUGUUGUAUGCCAGUAGGAGCUUGGAGUGUCCUUUGUGCUGGUCACCACAACAACAGAGUGCGGGCGUGUGAUGCGCAUGGCUGUGGGGUUUACAACUCUAACAGAGGUAACGACCUACAUAAAGCAGUGGACCUGGUGUGUGACGACUACAGUAUUGUCAACGCUCCAUUCUCAGGCUCUCUGGCGGGUCCAGUGAGUCGGAAAGAGCCUGCUGGGAAUCAGUAUGAUGGGGUCAAACUUCUCAGUGAUGUGCACUGUGUGAAGAUCUUCAACAUCCGUCCUUAUCGAUUCAUGGGCCCGGUGGCUCAGGGAGAAGCCUUGGGCUACCUGCUGCAGCUGCAGGAUCGCUUCCCCGGCAUCACGUCACACCUGGAGCUGCAAAUGUGUGACGGCACUGACCCUUCGCCUUUCAUAUGACUUCUAGCCUCUCAUCUUAUAUGGCAUACGGCAUCUAAGUCUUUACCUUUGUGACAUUUCAAACAACCUCUACUCAUUCAAAUCACCCUUGACCUUUAAUAUGACCUCUGAUUGUUAUCUGUCAUGAUACCUGUUUUGAAACCUUUAACAUUUGACCCCAUGACCCUGCAGAUAUAUUCCCUGAUGUCUGUGACACCUUACUGUUUACUCUAACUUCUCUGGGCCCUGGAAAUUAGCAUUUUUUAUUCAACAGAUUUUAUAUCCCAUUUAAAAUACGGCCUAUGAUGCAACAGUCCCACUUGUUGAUCCUCUAUAGGAUGUAGCCAAACAAAACUUUGAUGCCUUUAAUAACAGCAUUUCAAAAACAAUACCUCACAUUAUGAGAAUUAAGUUGUGUUUUCCCCUACUGACAGGAGUUUCAGUAAGUCAUUCUUUCACAAGUCUUGUAUGACUAACGAUUCUUUCAUUUUUGGGAUAUUUUUGUAUUAUUAGCAUUUUUCCACUACAUGUUGUGUAUUUUUAUCCCUCACUGUGGACUCAUAUACCCCCUUUUUAUGUAAUGUCUUUAUUUUUGAAUUAUGCUAUGAAUUCUGUCUACUCUCAUUUCUGCUUUUUUAUUAAAAUGGUUUCUAUUUCC